CUCCACCCGGUUCCUGGGCUACGAGCCGCCUCUGACGGUCUCGCCCAGGCCCAGGCCGCUCGGGAGAUCUGAGGCCGCCUACGCCGCGGGGGGAACGUAGUGUGGGCGGAACUCGAGUGCAGCGGCAGGAGGCUUCCGGGGGAGCCGCAAGGGCAACGGGUCGGCGGAGGCAGAAAAGCGUCGGACGCCGGGCCGAUCAUGGACGCUUGACAACCUGCGGACAGGCGCCGGGAGGCCGAGCCAGCGACCGAGAGGACGGAGAGGUGGCGAGGAUCUCAAGGCCAGAGAAUGGCAGGUGAACAGAAACCAUCAAGUAACCUCCUAGAACAGUUUAUUUUACUAGCCAAAGGUACCAGUGGCUCAGCCCUCACUGCUCUCAUAAGCCAAGUCUUGGAGGCUCCUGGAGUGUAUGUCUUUGGAGAACUGCUGGAGCUGGCCAAUGUGCAGGAGCUUGCAGAAGGAGCUAAUGCUGCAUAUUUGCAGUUGCUGAACCUGUUUGCCUAUGGAACAUACCCAGAUUACAUAGCCAACAAGGAGAGCCUGCCAGAAUUGAGCACAGCUCAGCAGAACAAGCUGAAGCACCUUACCAUCGUGAGCUUGGCGUCGAGAAUGAAGUGUAUCCCCUACUCCGUGCUGCUGAAGGACCUGGAGAUGCGGAAUCUCCGGGAACUGGAAGACCUCAUCAUUGAGGCUGUCUAUACUGACAUCAUCCAGGGCAAGCUGGACCAGAGAAACCAGCUGCUGGAAGUGGAUUUUUGCAUUGGCCGUGACAUCCGAAAGAAGGAUAUCAAUAAUAUUGUCAAGACCUUGCAUGAAUGGUGUGAUGGCUGCGAAGCAGUUCUGCUGGGCAUCGAGCAGCAAGUUCUGAGAGCCAACCAGUACAAGGAGAACCACAGCCGAACUCAGCAGCAGGUAGAGGCCGAGGUUACCAACAUUAAGAAGACACUCAAAGCCACCGCCUCCUCCUCGGCUCAGGAGAUGGAGCAGCAGUUGGCUGAACGGGAGUGUCCCCCUCAUGCUGAGCAGAGGCAGCCCACCAAGAAGAUGUCCAAAGUGAAAGGUCUGGUCUCCAGCCGCCACUAGGGCCGGCUGGGGCAGCUGGCACUCACCAGGCCUGGGUCAGGUGGGGAGGGGACACCAAGGGCCUAUUUCCUCCCCUCUCUACCUUCAGUGAGUUCCAGACCUGCCCGUCCCCUCACCAGCGCCUCCCACCCUGUUGGUACUGUUCCAGAAGAACCGUUAAUCCUUCCCUCACCCACUCCCUCCUCCCCCAGUUCUUUCAGACUCAGGGGCUCCACUGAUGCCAUCCCAACAGGGUCAGACACUGCCCAGCUUUCCUCCAGGAGGUUCUCGUCUCUGUGUAAGGGCUUGUCUCCCUCCCAGUUUUUCUUUUGCUCCAUGUCAUUUUGUCAGGCUGGUCAUAAGCCGGAGGCAGCUUUAGCCGGCCCACAGGGAUGACUGCGGAGGAGGCCCCUCUCUGCGUGAGGAGGGGGGUGUGCCUUCUCCAGCCCAUGUACCACAGCUCCCACACUGGUGCAGGUGAUCUCUAGCCAGGUAUCAAAUGCUUUGUUUCCCCUCUCCUGCCUUAUCCCUUGUUGGCAGCUCCGAUCAGGCCACGGAGGGAUGUGAUGCUGGGCUAUGUUUACUAAACCUGCGGGUUUUCAGCCUCUUAAGCCCAGCUCCAAUCUCUCAUCCAUUGGGAGCACUAACCUCUGGAAUCUGAGCACCAGUGGAGGGCGCUGUGGGUCUGCUGGGUGGCAGAAGUUUCUUCCGGGUUGGUGUUCUCUGCUGGCCGCGCUUCCUGCUGCCCCUGACCACUCAGACUGGUUUUCGGUGCGAAGGCCCCAGCUGCCACCCGGGACUGUCUGCCGACACUUGGCCCUCCCGAGAUCUUUAAUCCCUCCCGGCUGUGUCCGUGCUGGGGAUGGCAGUGCCCAGGCCCCUCUGUCUGGUGAAGGACCUGUUGCUGCUUCUGUUUCUCUCUUUCUGCCCCUCCUUGGCUGAUGACCCAGAGCCCUCUGAUGACGGCAUUCUCCUGGCAAGAGAAAAGGACUUGACUGGCCUUUCUGAACUUGACUGUUUCAGGUUAUAUUUUAAUUUUUUUUUUUUUUUUUGUACAGGUUCUGAUUCUAAUACAUUUCAACAUGCUUUUUUUCCCCUUCGUGUCAAUAUUUGUUACAGACUAAUCGCCGGGGAUUUUUCACCUGGUUGGAGGGUGGCAUGUGUGUAUGUGUGCGUGUGUUGUAGUUGUUGUUGUUGUUUUUAAAGGGGAGGUGGUGGUCCUGGACUGACUUACUCAAGUUCAUUGAGAGUAAAAGCACAUUUUAGAACAAAAAAUAAAAGUGUAGAUUUAA